AAUGAAACGGUCGUUUCCUUGUCCCUUCAGAUUCCUGCCCUCCCUGCUAAUAUGCCAUCAGCUGUGAUGUCAAUCAUGCAAGGACCGCUUUGUGGUGCCUUCGCUAACAUGCUACUGUAUGGGGUCAUCUACAUGCAGACCUUUCGUUACUGGCAAGCAUACGAGCAUGACAGGAACAUUCUGAAGUGUCUGGUAGCGUUCGUCUGGUAUGCUAAGCGUCGUUCUGUUGGCGUGUCAUCACAAGCUACUAUAUUUGACUUUUCAGGAUUCUCAUACAGCAUUGAUAAUAUAUACCGUUGAGUUUUAUCUCAUCAUGCAUUUUGGAGAUAUAACGAGCUUGGAAUAUGCAAUGUGGGGAAUGCCCAUUAUCGGUUUUAUUAUUGCCUAUGCUGUGAAUCUUUGCUUCAUCUGGCGAGUACUGCAGCUUUCGCAAAAACGCUGGAUUGCUGUUUGCUUUUUCAUUUUUGCAACCAUUCGCUGCGGAUUUGGACUUGCAAACUGUUCCUUGACUUUCUUUUAUCCCAAGUGGCAGAUAUUCGAAGAACGCGUCUAUCCAACUAUGGUGGUUGGAUGGGUGCUUUCAGCAGUGGUCGACAGUGCGAUUGCGUUUACACUAUGCCUUUACCUUCGAAAACGUCGCACUGGCAUGAAAAGAACUGACAACGUCCUCAACUGCCUCCUACUAUAUACCAUCAACACUGGUGCUGUCACAUCGUUUUGUGCAGUUCUGGUGGUCAUCAUGUUUCUCGGUCUACCAAACAAUCUCGCGUUCGUUGGGUUUGUCCAAGUCCAGAGCAAACUCUAUGCGAUAUCACUUUUGGCAUCGUUAAACAACCGAAAAAGACUCGAAGUGACCAAUCAGACUUUUCCCUCUGUGGAAGGCGUUGCGAGUUCCCAUAUGCCUCGCUUUUCGACAUUCAAACCAUCACAGCGGACGCCGUCUUAUCUGCAACCGAUUGAAGUGCAGACGAGUGUUGUGAUGGAUAUUUAUGGCGACAGUCUGGAUACUGGAUUGGACAGCACGUUUCAGGAGUGACUGUUGAGGUUGUGCUGACAGGAUAUAAUUUAAUCUGUACUUCGUUCACUGUUUAGCACCAGCGAUCUGUUAUUUAAUGAUGAUCUUGACGUACAGGG